ACAUAUUUGAAAAAAUUUUGGAUCAUCAUUCAUCAACUCUUUUGGUUCUUGUGCACAUCAUCUAGCUAAUUUGUUGUUGAUACGAAAGCAAAAGCUUCAGUUGGGACCUACGAUCCCAUUGAAAAGCUGCUCACUUUAAACCCAUAAAUCUUACGAGUCAGUUGAGCCGCGAUACACAAACUCCAAGCAGUUGUGUUCCCACUCAGUGAGCCCUCUUCAUUUCUCUUAUAUAAACGCUAUAUAGCCGAGAUACGGCAAGAUAUGGCUCAUCUCCGUGGCCUGUUGAGCUUCUGUAUUCUACUUCUUCUGGUGGUUCAGCCCCAUCAAGCAUAUGGCUCAGCCCGUGGCUCAUUUCGCCGGACCAGAACUGAUCCUGUAAUGUUGCAAGAGAGUGGCAUAUGCGCUUCUUCUGUGAUUGUACAUGGCUACGAAUGCCAGGAGAUUUAUGUGACAACCAAAGAUGGAUAUAUUCUUAAUAUGCAGAGAAUUCCAGAAGGGCGUUUUGCCAGUGGCAACACGAUUAAGAAGCAGCCAGUGUUGAUACAACAUGGAGUCCUAGUGGAUGGAAUGACAUGGCUUCUAAAUCCACCUGAACAAAAUCUGCCUUUGAUUUUAGCUGAUAAUGGGUUCGAUGUGUGGAUUGCUAACGCUAGAGGAACCAGAUUCAGCCGGCAACAUACUUCCCUUGAUGCCACUCAACCGGAGUACUGGAAUUGGUCAUGGGAUGAAUUGGUGACCUAUGAUAUGCCAACCUUUUUCGAUUAUAUACACAACCAAACAGGGCAAAAAGUUAAUUACGUUGGGCAUUCACUGGGAACUCUCAUAGCUUUAGCAUCCUUCUCCGAAGGUUUACAGGUGGAUAAGCUGAAAUCAGCAGCGUUGUUAAGUCCCAUUGCUUAUUUGAGCUACAUGAACACAGCUCUUGGGCUUCUUGCUGCCAAAGCCUUUGUUGGAGAGAUCACUACGAUAGUAUUUGGCCUCGCAGAGUUCAAUCCGAAAGAGCAACCUGUAGAAGGCUUUCUCAAGUCACUCUGUGCUAAUCCUGGAGUUGACUGUUAUGAUUUAUUAUCCUCCCUCACUGGAAUAAAUUGCUGUCUCAAUGCUUCAACCGUCGAUCUCUUCCUCAAAAACGAGCCUCAAUCAACAUCAACCAAAAACAUGAUUCACUUGUCUCAGACUGUUCGGGAUAAAGUGAUUGCGAAGUUCAACUAUGAGAGACCUGACCACAAUCUGAUACAUUAUGGGACACUCACACCGCCAGCUUAUAACAUCUCCAACAUCCCUCGAGACAUUCCUCUGUUUGUGAGCUAUGGAGGCAACGAUGCGCUUUCAGACGUUAAAGAUGUUCAGGAUUUACUCGACAGCUUCAAGUUCCAUGAUGUAGACAAGCUCAGCGUUCAGUUCAUAAAAAAUUAUGCCCAUGCAGAUUUUAUCAUGGGGAUUAAUGCUAAGGAUAUUGUGUAUAAUCAAGUUCUGUCUUUCUUCAAACGUCAACAGCCAUAGUCGGCCCCCAAAAGGCCAGAGUUUAAUUUACUUUAUAAUAAAUCAUGCCUUAUAAAUUAAACUCUGUGUCAACGUCCAGAAAUGAUGGAUAUGAUGACUUUGUUUCAACGCCAAGCUUAAUUCAGUGACAUUUAACCA